CAAUCUACGUGCAGCAUCCGCUUUGACACUAUUGUCUGCAUAGCUCCAUUGGAGUUUGUUUAUUAACUUUUGGGAAAACAACAUACAGGUGCUAUUUGUUCUUGAAGAUGCUGGGCUAUAGCUUUCUGCUUUUUUGGUGGCCGAUGUUUUUGAUUGCGUCAGCCGAUAUUCGUUUCUUGAAGCAGAAUUCGAAGGAAUGUGAGCCUUUGACAAUCAACUGCAUCUGUGGACCACCCAAAGUUCCGAAAGUUAUCCCAAUACAGAUUGAUCAGAUUUGGAAGGAAAAUGGUUCUGGAUGUGUAGCAGAAAGAGACCCAUCAGAUUUUUGCCAAAAUUUGUUUUGCGUACUACAGAAAAAUGAAUCCGACACUUCUUUUAACAUAAGUGAGCUUGCUGUGAAAAGAGAGAAUAUUUCUUCGAAUUCGAAUCCAAAUUUUUCGCGUAACACUUUUCCUAAUGGAACACCGCUUGACAUGAGGAGUGUGAAUGCUUCGAAUAACCGUCAAAACCUUUCUCGUAGACCUUUUGAAAACGGUACAUUAGCUGCGAAGAAUGAGAAUAUUUCUACAAAUUACAAUCAAAACUAUUCUCGCAAUCCUUUGACAAAUGGUACACAUGAUGUGAAGAAUGCGAAUGCUUCUCCGAAUAUCCAUCGAAACGGUUCACAUGAUUCUUUGUCCAACGGUUCUUUUGCUAUGAAGACUCAGAAUAUUUCGUCAAAUCAUCAGCCAAACGGUUCCAUUAAUGCCCUUCCAAAUGUUGGUGCUGGAGGACCAGAAAUUUUGGAUUCAUUAAUUUCACCAUUUUAUCCUAUCGAAUUUACGAUACCUAGAGCUACUGAAGGUUUAUAUAGAGGAGAUCGUCUGAGGCGAUCAGCAGAACCCUGUGCUAUACCCCAGCUUGACAAUGCAGAAAUCACAUGUUAUAAAUGGCCCAACUGGAUAAACUGCGUAGUGAAGUGUAUCUACGGCUAUGGCCUUAAUAUGGGAAACAAGGUGACUCGUAAGACUUCGGUCAACUGUAGGCUAACCGAAGAUAAGUGGAAACCGAGAGACUUUGAAGAUUGCAAACCCUACAUCAACUGCAAGGCUCAUUUGAUCUCUCCUGGAGACCUGAACUGCGUAGAACCGCUCAAGGAGCCACCUUACUGCGACAUUUCUUGCCUGGAGUAUGAUCAGUAUGAUGCUAUAGAAACUAAAAGAUACGUCUGCAACGGAACUACUUUCCCAAAUUUACCCCACUGCGCUAUGGUCAAUGAAGGAGCUGACUUAAUUCCAAAGCCAUCAGACUAAAAUAUUCUGCUAACACUAGACACAAAAAGGAAUUUUCUCAGUACCUAAUCAUGAACUAAUUGUAUCUUCUUUUAUAUAAACUGUAGUUAUUCAUUGAUCUGCGUUUUAUUUUUUUCUUGAAGUUGCUCAUCAUGCACAAAUUAAAAACAG